UUUUAUUCUCAUAUUUUAUUUAUAAAGCAGAGGAGAGGGAGGGGGUUGUUUGGUUUGGUUCCAGCUACUGGUGUAUCUCUUUAAGCGACUGGCGAUCGGAUCCAGCUACUGAUCAAGGAGGCAACAUGUGGGGUGUUAUGAGGCACAGGAGUAUUCGCCCUGCCAUCUCCGCAUUCAGAUAUUUCUCUUCUGCCGCCAAAGAGAUUACUGUGAGGGAGGCUCUGAACACCGCCCUCGAUGAGGAGAUGUCAGCUGAUCCUAAAGUCUUCUUGAUGGGUGAAGAGGUUGGGGAAUAUCAGGGUGCAUACAAGAUAUCCAAGGGGCUGCUCGAGAAGUAUGGCCCCGAAAGGGUUCUCGAUACUCCAAUCACUGAGGCUGGGUUUGCUGGGAUUGGAGUUGGCGCUGCAUACUAUGGUCUAAGGCCUGUUGUGGAAUUUAUGACUUUUAACUUCUCCAUGCAGGCAAUAGAUCAUAUUAUUAAUUCUGCUGCAAAAUCAAACUACAUGUCUGCUGGGCAAAUAUCUGUACCUAUUGUCUUUAGAGGACCCAAUGGUGCUGCUGCUGGGGUUGGUGCUCAGCAUUCUCAAUGUUAUGCAUCUUGGUAUGGUGCAUGCCCUGGGUUGAAAGUCUUGACACCAUAUUCAUCUGAAGAUGCUCGUGGUUUGCUUAAAGCAGCUAUAAGGGACCCUGAUCCUGUUGUUUUCCUUGAAAAUGAGUUGUUAUAUGGUGAGUCAUUCCCUGUUACAGCCGAAGCUCUUGAUUCCAGUUUUUGCCUUCCCAUAGGAAAAGCAAAGAUUGAGCGGGAAGGAAAAGAUGUGACUAUUACAGCUUAUUCAAAAAUGGUUGGCUAUGCUCUCAAGGCUGCUGAGACACUGGCAAAGGAAGGAAUCAGUGCUGAGGUUAUUAAUUUGCGUUCUAUCCGACCGCUUGAUCGGUCCACAAUCAAUAAUUCUGUAAGGAAAACAAAUAGGCUGGUAACUGUUGAAGAAGGGUUUCCUCAGCAUGGUGUUGGUGCUGAAAUAUGCACAUCUGUCAUUGAGGAGAGUUUUGGUUAUCUCGAUGCACCUGUUGAGAGAAUUGCUGGGGCUGACGUUCCUAUGCCUUAUGCAGCAAAUCUGGAGAGAAUGGCUGUCCCACAGGUUGAAGAUAUUGUUCGUGCUGCAAAGAGAGCAUGCUACAGAUCUGUGCCUUUGGCUGCAGCUGCUUGAAAGUCAAAAAAUUUUCAUGUCCUGGUUAGGUAAUCCUUGAUGUACCAAAAACAAUUUUCCCCCUAAUUUCCACCAUAAAACAUCAGGAAGAAAUUGCAACCAAAUAAUGCUGGUUUUAACUAAUCGGUUAUGUUAGGCUUUGGUUUAAAAGAUUCUUAUGUAUGCAUAAUACUGUCCUAAUUUUCAGGACUCUCAGAUGCUAUACAUUUUUUUCCCUUCUCAGCAUAUCUGGGAGGAAGUUCAUGUUUAAUAACUUGGAUAACAAUGACACAUGGAGGGAAGUUUUCUGUGUUUUUGGUUUCUGUUUGGCAAAAAUUAUGUAGUCAACUUUUGAAUAGAAUCAUACAUUAUCGGCUCUCUCUUUCAGCAGACUA